AGCUACAAUGAUGUUGACAAGGCUUGUUCUCGUGGUUGUUCUUUUCACUCAAAGUGUUGUAUCACUCAGAUGUUAUCGUUGUCAAGAACAAUACACCGAUGACGACAACCUGAUUGCUGAGGAUAAUUCUGAAUGUUUUGAAGAUUAUACGUGCGAUGAUGACGAGUUAUAUGGCGAUGAGGAAUAUGAGGCAUGCGUUACUUACACAGAGUACAGCGCUUUCACUGGCAGAUUGGCGAUAAGGAAGGGUUGCUAUAGCUAUCAUUUGAGUGAUGCCACCUACGAUAGCUGCCAAAUGCAAAAAGAACAACUAGCCGUCGAAUACCAGUGCGACACCGAGUAUGAUAUUUGGAAGUGUAUGACGUGCUGCACCGGUGAUUUAUGUAAUGAAAGUGGCGUUACUAUGGUAACACAUAGCCUGUCGGGAAUUGUCGCUGGUAUAAUUGUGUCCUUACUGUUAUUUGCAUAAUUAUUGUCACGUGAUGUUGUUUCCGUGUCAUUUUGCAACAGAAGUAAUAGCAUUUUUUGGAACGAGCACAUAAUUGGC